UGUAUCAAAGAAAAAAAAUAAAAUAAAAGACAAAUGAAAAAUUGUUGUUGCAAAGGAUGAACGCAGUUACAUUGUAACAUAUAGCUUCUAAAAAUUUUAUAUGCUUUUGGCUUUACCCAGUGCAAAAUUAACUAAACAUGGAUUCAUUAAAUCAAGAUAAAGGUAGAAUAAUUAGACACAAAACUCUUUGUCGACACAAGGAAAAAUGUUACAGAAAAAAUCCAGAUCAUCUGGCUGAAUUUUCACAUCCUCAUUUGGAGGAUAUACUAGAAGGACAGUUGGAUGUUGAAAAUCCAGUUUUACCUCGAUAUCUUUCAUUUCAAUGUGACAGAUCACUUGUUGAAAUCCAAAUAAAAAUACUUCAGAAAGUAUUAAAAAGAGAACGAGAUUCUUCAUCAUCAUCAUCAUCAUCUCAACCAGUUCAACAAGUGACAUCUCCAGUACAACGUCAUGUUCCAUUGUCUCUGCCAUUGGCACCACCAUCAUCACCAGCUUUAGCAAGCAUUGACUUGACUCUGGAUGAUUCAGACAAGGAGGAAGAAAUUGGAAUAUCAAAAAAACGUUUACCAAGUCCAACAAGUGUUCAAGAAUCAAAAAGUAAAUUUGAAUCAAGUCCUAAAAGAUCAAGACAAGAUAUACUAUCUCCAAAUUAUUCAGUCAGGCAACAACUUCAACAAGAUAAAUAUCAACAACCAUCAACAAGUUAUAAUAAUGUUCAAAAAUCACCAAUCAUACCUGAGCCACCUAAAAUAGAACCGAGACAAAAUGAUUAUUCACAACCAUCAACAUCUGGUAGAUCAAAUUAUCAAUUAUCACCAAGUCCUCGAGUACAAAAUUAUAAUACUCAAAAAUCACCAUCAGUUAGAGCACUACUUCAAAUGGAAGCUGAACAACAUGACGAUUUACAAUCAACAAAAUUAAAUAAUUAUCAAGCAAAUAGUCCACGUACACAUCAAAAAACAUCAUCAACUCAUCAACCGAAUAAUUUACACAAACAAAAUAAUUAUGAUGAACAAAAAAAGACUUCUAGUUCACAAAAUUCUUGUGGUAAUAAUUUACCAGUUUCUCAAUCACCUAAACCAUCUGGAUCUAAUCAAAAUAAUUUACAACCAUCACCAUUAACAGCCAGAUCACGUCAAAAUAAUACAGAUCAACAAUUGUAUAAAAGAAAAUUAAAUUAUCAACAAGAUUCUAAUGCAAAUAAAUCAUCUCAACAAUCAACAUCUUCUCAUGAUAAUUCACAAGCAUUUGCAUCAUCAACACCAAUAAAAAAACCAUCUCAGGAUAAUUCACAAGCAUCAACAUCAUCAUCAAUAUUUCUCCACUAA